GAGUUGGUGCCCACUGCAGUAGCCAGUUUCAUCCCUGCGAAUCCAAACCCAAAUCCCCGAAGACAACCAGAGGUGAGUCUCUUCACUGCCGAAAGAAAGAAGACCGAACACGAACAGCUAACAGCUUCCAUACGACUUCUGGAAAGGAUGUGUUUGACGUAUUAAGUCUCUGGCACCUGGAGAGGGAAUAAUUUGUGUCUUGGAGUUUGCUAACCAUGGCAUUCGCUGGUAUUCUGAAUGAAGCUGACAUCACUGCAGCCCUGCAGGCCUGCCAAGCUGCUGACUCCUUCGACUAUAAGAGCUUCUUCGCCAAGGUUGGGCUGUCCGCCAAGACUCCUGAUGACAUCAAGAAGGCUUUUGCUGUCAUUGACCAGGACAAGAGCGGCUUCAUUGAGGAGGAUGAGCUUAAACUGUUCCUGCAGAAUUUCUCUGCUGGUGCCAGGGCACUCACUGAUGCAGAGACAAAGGCCUUCCUGAAAGCUGGAGACUCUGAUGGUGACGGCAAGAUUGGAGUUGAUGAGUUCGCCUCUUUGGUCAAGGCAUAAAUGGGAUCUAGCCAACACCUUAUUCUGACAACCACAAUCGUAGCCUGAGAUCUCCACUUUUUUAUCUGGGUGGCUGAUUUUUAUACACAAUUCUGACUGUCCACUCCCAUGCUGCACUCCGUCCACAACGACUGUCAACGUCACAUGGUCUUUCGCAUUGUAGAUAUGAAUGUUGGUUUCUGUAAAAUCUUUGGCGCUGUUUUGGGGAAAGGACAAUGAGAAAAUAAAUACUAUUUUUCAUUACU